AAGAAAAAAAGAAAAGGCUCAAAAUCGGAACCAAUCGAAUUCCUUUUAGUAUUUCCCGUUUGGGCACAUCGUUCGUUCCUUUGUCUUCUUGCGCAACGACCGCCGGAGAUGCCAUCGACGGCGGCCGGAAGCCGGCCGGAGGAUCUGACGGCAAGGCUGGACAGAGCCGCCGCCGGAGAAGGGGAAGAGACGUUGCUGACGGUGCUGAGAGAGGUCAAGAACCAGAUCAUUGGGAACAAGACGAAGAAGCUCGUUUACCUCCAUCUUGGCGCGGUGCCUCGCAUCGUCGCCGCCCUCGCGUCUGCCCGGGACCCCGCUGUCAUCGUUCAGGCAGCGGCGGCCAUCGGUAGCUUCGCUUGUGGGGUGGAGGAUGGUGUCCGAGCUGUGAUCGAUGCUGGCGCUGUGCCCUGUUUGAUCGCUGUGUUGUCCCAUGCCAAUGAUAAGGUUGUGGAUGCUGGUGCACGCUCACUCAGAAUGAUCUUCCAAUCAAAGUUGGCACCAAAAUAUGAUUUUCUUAAAGAGAAAAACAUGAAGUUUCUUAUUUCACUUUUGAACAGUGAGAAUGACAAUGUGAUUGAACUUGCUGCUAGUAUUGUGGCACACUCUUGUGAGAUAAAUGCAGAGCAAAAGGCACUCUGUGAUGCUGGGGCUUUGCAGAGACUUGCCAAUUUGCUUGAAGGGUCUUCAAAUCAAAAGGAUGCCUGUUUAGAUUCUAUAGCAGCAAUAAUCAGGAAGAACUCUGAAGUCGGUAUGCAUUUUGCAAGCAUUGGCACUGGGAAAGCUUUGAAUUCCAUAGUUAAGUUGAUAAAGGACAGGAAUCCUCGAACUAGAUUACUUGCCUGUGUAUGUGCGAUCUCUAUUGGGCAUGCAUCACCUUACUAUGUGCAAGACUUGCAGACUAGAACAAAAAUGAUGCUGAUAUUAGUUGAGCUUCUUGAGGAAUCCGGUAGAGUUGGAGAUGAUGCUCCAUUUGCCCUGUCAGAGUUAAUUUUGGAUGAUGAGGAGUUACAUAAGCAGGCUAUAUCUGUGAAUGUUGUUGAAAAAAUUUGCGAUUGCUUGCAUAAGUAUUUGAUAGAGCCCAGACGGCUCCAUGGGAUUUUGCUUGUAUUUGCCGAGCUUUGCUCAAGACUAGAAGAGUGCAGAUGUCUGCUUAUGUCACAACAGGUAUUGGAUACGCUUGUCAAUGCACUCAAACAUGACUGUCCUGAUGUACGUGCUGCGGCAUGCACUUGUAUAAGGAGCCUCUCGCGGUCAGUGAAGAAUUUGAGUGCAGGCCAUCUGUCCAGUGAAAGAUUCGUUGUUCCCCUAGCUCACCUUUUGCAUGAUACUUCAACAUCGGUGCAGGUUGCAGCUCUUGGUGCUAUUUGCAAUGUUGCUGUUGAUUUUGCAGCUAAAAAGUCUGUCUUUAUCCAGUCUGGAUGUGUUAAACAGCUUGUUCAGUUAUCUAAAUCUAUGGAUUCAAGACUAAGGUUAAAAGCAAUAUCAGCUUUAAGGAACCUAAUGUUUCUUGCUGACGCAUUUGCUAAAGAAAGCAUUAUUCAGGAGCUAACAAUAUCUACAAUUGCUAGUCUAAUAUGCGAUUCUGAGACUGAUAUCCAACAUCAAGCUUUGGCCCUUGUCACCAAUCUUGUAGAUGGAAAUGUGGAUGCCGCUGAACAUAUUUUUGCAGAUGAUGGUUUAAUUAUUAAUGCUGUUGUCAGACAGUUGCACAGUGCUUCCUCUGCAGAAAUAUGCAUUCAGGGAAUGCUAUUGCUUAGCAACAUUGCAGCUGGGGUUGAAUCUCAUAAAGAAGCAGUCAUGAGUUAUUUGGUUUCAUCCCAAGACGAUAAAUCCUUACCUUUUAUAACUAGGUUUUUGCAGAACAAGGACAGUUUGCUGCGGACAGCUGCUGUGUGGUGUAUAAUCAACCUAACUUACCAAGACGGUCCAGAUUUGUCGACUCGGAUUGCAAGAUUACGUUGUGCAGGCAUAGUAUCUCAAAUAAAAACUAUGAUCAAUGAUCCCUGCUUGGACACAAAGUAUCGAGUCAGAACAGCUCUCGAGCAGUGCAUGACUUUCGAGGACAACAUGCCAUGAUCCCUUGUUUUGAUGCUUUCUGUUUUGUACCAUGCCUUACGGGUUUUAGAUAAGAGCGGCGAUGCAGGGCAAAGCCCGGACUUGACGCUUUAAGGUGUUGUUCUCUUCUCGGUUUUAUGAUUAUCUGAGAUUUAAUCUUAUGCUUUGUUUUGUACUAAGAAAUUUUCUAGUGUCUUAUAUAUCUCAAUCGCGCCGUGUAUUAUUAUGUCUUACAUGUUGUGUCCUUUUGUAUCAAUAUAAUUCGACCUUAUAUCUUCGGCAACAGUGGAACCUUCUGGACAUCUGCUGUUAUGUAUCGUCGUCUAGCAUUAUAAACUAAACAAAUUGCAGGCUCUGCAAUUUUGUUCAAAAUCUGAAGAUUGUCCAAGGAUUUCUUUUGUUUCUUAUGUUUUAUCAA